AUGUCAGAGGGGGUGGGCACAUUCCGAAUGGUCCCUGAAGAGGAGCAGGAGCUUCGGGCGCAGCUGGAGCAGCUCACAACCAAGGACCAUGGCCCUGUCUUCGGCCCGUGCAGCCAGCUGCCUCGCCACACUUUGCAAAAGGCAAAGGAUGAGCUGAAUGAGAAAGAGGAGACCCGGGAGGAGGCCGUGAGGGAGCUACAGGAGCUGGUACAGGCUCAGGCAGCUUCAGGGGAGGAGUUGGCCCUGGCGGUAGCCGAGAGGGUACAGGCCAGGGACAGCGCCUUUCUCCUGCGCUUCAUCCGUGCUCGCAAGUUCGACGUGGGCCGUGCUUAUGAGUUGCUUAAAGGCUAUGUGAACUUCCGGCUCCAGUAUCCUGAGCUUUUCGACAGCCUGUCCAUGGAGGCCCUCCGCUGCACUAUCGAGGCCGGUUACCCUGGCGUCCUCUCCAGCCGGGACAAGUAUGGCCGAGUGGUUAUGCUCUUCAACAUUGAAAACUGGCACUGCGAAGAAGUCACCUUUGAUGAGAUUUUGCAGGCAUAUUGUUUCAUCUUGGAGAAACUGCUGGAGAACGAGGAAACGCAAAUCAAUGGCUUCUGUAUCGUUGAGAACUUUAAGGGCUUCACCAUGCAACAGGCAGCGGGACUCCGCCCCUCGGAUCUCAAGAAGAUGGUGGACAUGCUCCAGGAUUCAUUCCCAGCCAGGUUCAAAGCUAUCCACUUCAUCCACCAACCAUGGUACUUCACCACCACCUAUAAUGUGGUCAAGCCCUUCUUGAAGAACAAGUUGCUACAGAGGGUCUUUGUCCACGGAGAUGACCUCGAUGGCUUCUUCCAGGAGAUUGACGAGAACAUCUUGCCCGCUGACUUUGGGGGUACACUGCCUAAGUACGAUGGCAAGGUGGUUGCUGAGCAGCUCUUUGGCCCCCGGGUCCAAGUUGAGAAUACAGCCCUGUGA